AUGCAAAUUACCACAACAGACGUGAUCCGCUUUGCCAUCGUUGCCUUCACCCUCGUCCUUACCCUUUGGCUCCUCGAGAACUCUCCUUUUGGAUUCCUAAUUCGAAAUAUUCUACCAAUUACGACUGCAGCGAUUAUCGUCACAGUUUGGAAGCUAUGUGAUGUCAUAGCUUGGCUUCUAGGUUUCAUCUCGAACCCCACUAAAAUAAUUUGUAAGGAAGACUUAGAACAAUUCUUCUGCGGUGUCGCUUGCAAGAUAGAGAAGGCAAUCUUUGGCCUAGAAUAUUCUAUUUCAAGCGCAUUAGCCUGGCUAUUGGGAUGGUUUCAGUUCACUCUUUGGGAGGAGUGGCAACGAUUUCAGAACAAGGAAACCCCAGAGGAGGUGCAGAUGAGAGUCGCACUGCUCGUCUCUACAAGAUCUGGACUAUCCCACGAGGCUGUCCUCCGAGCUUUCGGCACUUCUAUAUCCUUCAGCAUUCUUCUUCACAGCAAUUACCCGAAGAUUGAAUGGAACAGUGACUGUUUGGGGUGGGGAGAGGAUCGAAUCAAGACUAUUGAUUCAGUGCCCGAGCUUGGAUUGUCCACUUACACAAACGAGACUAUAUCACAAGAACUGUACAGGCCCCUAUGCAAUACGUGGACACGCUAUGAUCCCGUCUGGUGGAAUACGCUCGACUUUGCUAUCCGGCAAGCUUGGCUCCUUGCCGACUAUGGCGAUAAGAGACGCGAAUUAAAAGACCUUUACAAAGAUUUGAUUAAGCAACGGUUUUGGGGCGCAAUACAAACGAUAUUCGGAUCUGAUAUCAUCUCGGUGUGGCUACAUGCCUACUCACACGCUGCAAUUCUGGCUAUCGUAGCAGCUCUUGGUACUGGCGUUGGAGGAGUAUUCUGGCCUCUUGCGUGGUCGAUUAAUUGGAAAGCUCUGGCCAAUCUGAUCCAUGGGCUUCGUUUCGAAUGGGACGAAGCGGCGAAAGAGGUAGAGUCUGCAAUACCUCAACUUCAUGGUCUGGUCGAUGAAUAA